AUCGAGGAGCGGGAUGUUCAAGUGGAUGAUUUCGGGCCACAAAGGCCACAAGCACAAGCAAGAAAAGCUCAACAACGCCGUCAGUAACAAGAACAAGAACAACCUCAAACAGCAGCAGAACAAUCAUAAUAACAGCAGCGCAGCGGGGAGCGGUCAGCAGCACGAACAGGGCAGCGGAGAACAGCAGUUGCACAUGUCAGAGACGAAUAACAGCAGCGCUUAUAACAACCAGGUGAACAGCACGCAAGAACACUCGUCAGCAGAACACGUGAACAGCGGCGUCAGCGGCGGAGACAUCAAUCAGAACGUGGAGAAAUGUGACAACGUUGCCAACACUAACGGGCACGUGCGCGGCGUGGACAGGGAAACGACACAUUUCAUCCACUUUGGUGCGCACUUUGAGACGAAAUCGCUCCGGGAGAACCUCUUAUUAUUGUUAUACAAGGAUAUUCUCUGUGCUGAUUGGCUGUUCGGCAACGUAUGA